UUUUGUUUACAUUUGGGAUUGUUGCAGCAGCCGGGUUAAAUAACUUGUUAAGAUUUAGUUAAAAAUUAAUAAAUGUUUAAUUAAUUAUAAAAAAUGGUACAAUUAUUUACGUUUCUAUUAAAAGCCAGUAAAAAACCUCCUCGGGCGCACAUGAGAGGCGGCAAUGUAUUCCUAGACACUUUACGCUUAACUGUUAAGGGAGGUCAUGGUGGUAAUGGUAUACCCAAAUAUGGCGGUAUAGGUGGCCAAGGUGGUUGUGUGUAUAUAGAAGCCAAAGAAGGUGUGACUUUAAGACAUUUGGCACAAAAAUAUAAAGAAAAAAAGGCGGCCGCCACUAGUGGUGAAGACAGUAGUAAGGUGCGUAUUUUAGGACGGCGGGGAGUAGAUGAAAAAAUAGAGGUUCCGGUGGGAGUACAAAUCUAUGACGAAACGGGUAAACUUAUUGCUGAUCUAAAUGAACCGGGUUCCAAAUGUAUAGCAGCCGGUGGUGGUAUGGGUGGAUGUUCAGGUACCAAUUUCUUGGGUAAACCAGGUGAACAUAAAAUUGUCAACUUGGAUUUAAAGCUUAUAGCAGAUAUUGGUUUAGUAGGUUUUCCUAAUGCUGGCAAAAGUACUUUCCUGAAAGCAAUAUCCAAUGCCAAACCCAAAAUAGCUUCGUAUCCCUUCACUACUAUAAGACCUCAAAUUGGUACGGUUAAUUAUAGCGAUUUACGUUCCAUAACUAUAGCCGAUUUGCCCGGUUUAAUUGAAGGUGCUCAUGCUAAUUUCGGUAUGGGUCAUAAAUUUCUUAAACACAUAGAACGCACCCGUCUACUUUUGUUUAUGGUCGAUAUUUAUGGUUUUCAAUUAAGUCCCAAACAUAAACCACGUGAUUGUGUGCAAAAUAUAUUUGCCCUUAACAAAGAAUUGGAACUAUACGAUCGUACAUUAUUGGAUAAACCAUGUGUUUUAUUAUUAAACAAAAUGGAUGUAACGGGAGCUAGUGAAAUACUUAAAAACAAUAAAUACAAUAUAGAAAAUCUUGAAAAUAAACUAGAAGAAUGUCCACAGGAAAUACGACCCGAAAAAGUAAUAAAAUUUGAACGUAUAAUACCAAUAUCGGCUAAAAAUGCUUCGCGUAUAAAUGAAGUUAAACGUGAGUUGAGAAAAGUUUUAGAUGAACAGGCGGAAAAGCAGCAAUUGCCAGAUGAGUUUGAGCUGAAAGAAAUGUUAAAAAGUAAGGUGGGUGAAAGAGGACCAAAAAUUACAUGAUGUGUUCAAUUUUUCUUGUAAUAAAAAAAGGUGAGAAUUUUUGUUAAA